AUCCACGCUCCAUCUCACAAGGUGGCGUUGAAUGCACCUUUGCCAGCCGGCAUUAAAACAACAGAAGAAGAAGAAGAGCCAAUCAGAACGUGAAGCUGGCCUGCCGUAAAGUGUCGCGUUGUUGUUGACAAAGUGGAGCUGCUGUCUUGACUGAGUGGAGCUAUCUGUUAGAUUUAAUAGUGUUUAAGGAUAUUAUUGACAAAGACAACAGUGAUGAUGUCACAGCCCUCUCUGCUGGUCCUGUAUGGGAGUCAGACCGGUACGGCCCAGGACACGGCCCAGAGGAUCGGCCGCCAGGCGCAGAGGAGACACCUGCAGGUUCAGGUGUUGCCUCUGGAUCACUACAACGUGGCCAGCCUGAUCUCAGAGUCUCUGGUUGUGUUUGUGAGCUCCACCACCGGCCAAGGAGACCCUCCAGACAACAUGAAGAACUUCUGGAAGUUUGUCUUCAGGAAGUCUUUGCCCGCUGGAUCUCUGAGGAACUUGGACUGUGCCGUUCUGGGCCUGGGCGACUCCUCUUAUCCUAAGUUCAACUUUGUGGCGAAGAAGCUUCACAAGCGCCUCCUGCAGCUGGGGGCCGGCAUGCUGCUGCCGGUGGGGCUCGCUGACGACCAGCACGACCUGGGGGCCGACGCAGUGAUUGACCCGUGGCUCAAAGCAUUCUGGGAGAAAGUGUUUUCUCUGUACCCGUCUAUGGCCGGUGUGAUCCCACUGAGGGAAGAUGAACCGCUUCCUCCAACAUACACUUUCCACUUCCUGGAUGACGCCACUGACAAGACAGAAGACAGGCUGAGGAUUCCCACAGAGCAAAGUGUCCCCUCCCAGUCCCGCCCCUUUCCUGCCAGACUCGUGUCCAACUGCAGAGUGACAGACAGCUCACACUUUCAGGACGUGAGGCACCUAGAGUUCGAUAUCAGUGGAUCCAACAUCCAGUUCUCCGCCGGUGACGUGGUGAUGAUGCAUCCAUGCAACGCUGCAGAGGACGUAGAACAAUUCUGUGAUCUGCUGAGGUUAGAUCCAGGGGCCACGUUCUCUCUGAGGGCCACAGGCAGCACAGCAGUGCCGGCCCGGCUCCCUCAGCCCUGCACGGUGCGCCACCUGGUGGAGAGCUACCUGGACGUGGCGGCCGUGCCUCGACGCUCCUUCUUCGAACUGCUGUCUACCUUCGCCACCAACGACCUGGAGAAGGAGAAGCUGCUGGAGUUCAGCUCGGCGGCGGGCCAGGACGAGCUGCACGCGUACUGCAACCGGCCGAGACGCAGCGCGCUGGAGGUCUUGGCAGAUUUUCCCCAUACCACAGCAGAACUCAAAGUAGACCACCUCCUAGACCUGUUCCCCGAGAUCCAGCCUCGCUCGUUCUCCAUCGCCUCCUCCCUGAAGGCUCACCCAGACCGGCUGCAGGUCCUGGUAGCGGUGGUCCGGUAUAAGACGAAGAUGUACAAACCGCGGAGAGGACUGUGCUCCAGCUGGUUGGCCUCCCUGGACCCUGAUCAAGGGGAGGUGUUUGUGCCUCUGUGGGUGAAGAAGGGCAGUCUGAAGUUCCCCAGAGAGAAGGACCCCCCCGUGAUAAUGGUUGGCCCCGGAACAGGACUGGCCCCUUUCCGCUCGGCUAUUCAGGAGAGGAUCGCUGAGGGGAAACACGACAACGUCCUGUUCUUCGGCUGUCGCUCUGAAUCCAAAGACUUCUUCUACCGGUCGGAGUGGGAGGAGAAGAAGGAGGCCGGACAUCUGACCCUCUUUACGGCCUUCUCACGAGACCAGGAGGAGAAGGUGUACGUGCAGCAGCGAGUGAGGGAGAACGCUGAGCUCCUGUGGGAUCUGAUCGCCAACAGAAGGGCCUGCUUCUACAUCGCUGGUAAUGCUAAAGAGAUGCCCACCGGUGUGUGUGACGCUCUGAAAGAAGUCUUCCAGCAGCAGGGGGGUCUGUCCCCGGAGGAGGCCGAGCAGAUGCUGGACACCAUGGAGAGGACGGGCCGGUUCCAGAGCGAGACCUGGUCCUGAUUACAUCCCCACAAAACCAUCCAUCAGUCAGCAUCCUUCCAGACGGCGCUCGACAGGCUGGACUGACGGGAGAUCCUCAGUCAGUAGAGGAAGAGCCCCCCCAAAAAGACUUUAAUUUGAGUAUAUCAUAGUAAGGUUUGCUUUGUUUUACCUCAUGUUGGGGUACCUCAUUUUUUAGGGGCUUGUACUUAAAGCAAAGAUGAGAAUUUGAUACAAACCUCAACUAAUACUGAAGGAUUCCCCUCAGAAAGGUGUGACGAUUUCUCCCAAUAGGAUAAAAUUCUGGACAGACAGGGAUGUAAACGGCAGCCUGACCGGCUUUAGGAGGAGCUGUGAGGCGAUAAUCUGAGUUAAUUGGGUGACAAAUUGUGAAAAUAAUAGAUUCCUACAUAAAAUCAAAGGAUAAAAGAAGGGUAUUUCAUCCUCACGUCAUUAUUGUAGCUCUCUGAGCACAGUCUGCGGUCUUUGGCUUACAAAGACAGUGGAAAAGAGGUUGAAUAUGAUGUAAACCUGAUGGACCAAUGCAACUAAUUCAUGUUUAAAAUGUGGCUUAAUAAACCAUCCUAAUCUGAAAA